UUUGGGUUUAUAUUUAUGUAAAUGCGAGCAGAAUUUAUUUUUAUUAGAAGGAAGUGAAAUGCUCUUAAUUCCAGUAAUCUUCUAAAAUGGUGAAUUUAUUCCCAAAGUUAAAAAACAAAACAAAACAAAACAACAAAGUUAAUAUAGAGAGUGAAGUAAGAUCGUAAGUAAUUUCCAGUAAAUGACAGAGUAAUGCUUCAUCCUGAAACAGAUGGUUUAUUUGGGAACUGGUUAUUGACAUACAGAUGAACUUCAGGGGUUAAAUGCUUUGCUGAAAUAAGUGAAUCUGUCUACAAAAGACCUGUUUGUCAGUUCACACAUUCAAAAUACCUGAACGUAGAUCUUCUGUGAAAUGGCAAGGCUCUGCAAAAGCUCGUUUUACCUCUCAGUUUGGUUCUGUCCUAUGCUUGAAUCUUUCCCUUUGUAGUACCUUUCACUGAAGUUUUCUUUAGCAUCUUUUGCCAAGAGUUUACAGACUGGAAUUCUUGAGUGCCUGGUUAUUCCCUCCUUCCAGUUUUGGGUGAUGAUAUGGGAAGGAAUAGAAAAAUUCAGUCUGUAAACGAUUGGCUCCAGGACUGGUGCUACAGGCAGGGCUUUGGGUUCUUUGGUAACGGCUGGUUUUACAAGACACCAGUUCAAACAGUGAUACGUGGGAAAGGUUUAUCUCGCAGGGGCAAAAGGAUGCUGGGACAGGAAUUAGCAGGGCUCAUUUGGAGAACUUUAAACUAGACUCCAAGGGGGAUGGGGUGGUAGCUGGGCUUGUAUCAGUGGGGCAUCACUCUAGAGUUCAUGAAGGCUGGGAGGCCACCCAUACCCCAGGGGUUAAAUCAGAGUGCUCAGCUCACUCUCUGAAAUGCCUGCACACCAAUGCGUGCAGCAUGGGGAAUCAGCAGGAGGAGUCAGAAACCUGUGUUAGGACAGGAGAUUAUGACCUGGUGGCAAUCAUGGAGACAUGGUGGGACAGCACAUGUGACUGGAAUGUGGGCAUGGGUGGCUGUGUCCUUGUCAGGAAAGACAGGCCAGCCAGGCGUGGUGGUGGAGUUGCUUUUUAUGUGGGAGAGCAACUACAAUGUAUUGAGUAUUGUCCAGGCACGGAUGAGGAGCGAGUUGAGAGUCUCUGGGUGAAAGUUAAGGGGCAGGCUGGCAAGGGUGAUACUAUUGUGGACGUCUAUUGCAGACCACCAGAUCAGGGUGAGGAAGUUGAUGAGGCCUCUACAGACAGCUGAGAGCAGCCUCACAAUCACAGGCCCUGAUUGUGGUGAGGGAUUUUAACUUCCCUGAUGUUUGUUGGAAGGACUACUCAGCCGGCCAGCCCCAGUCUAGGAGGUUCCUCCAGUGCCUUGACGAGAACUUUCUGAUGCAAAGGGUGGAGGAGCCGACUAGAAGGGGUGCACUGCUGGACCUCAUCCUCACUGACAAGGAGGGGCUGGUUGAAGCAGUAAAGGUCGAGGGCUGCCUGGGUUGCAGCGACCAUGAGAUGGUGGAGUUCAGGAUCUCCUGUGGCAGGAGCAGGAUAGCAAGCAGAAUUGCAACCCUGGAUUUCAGCAAGGUAAACUUUGGCCUUUUCAGGCAAUUGCUGGGGGAAAUCCCAUGGGCAAGGCUGCUUGAAGGUAAAGGGGCCCAAGAUAGUUGGUUAGUGUUCAGGGACUGUUCCUACCGGGCACGAGAUCGGAGCAUCCAGACAUGUAGGAAGUCAAGGAAGGGAGCCAGGAGACCUGCGUGGUGAAACAGGGAACUGCUGGGUGUGCUCAAGUGGAAGAGGAGAGUUUCUAGAUCGUGGAAGGAGGGGCUGGCCUCUUGGGGAGAAGAUAAGGCUGUUGUCAGAGGGUGUAGGGAGGCAACCAGGAAAGCAAAGACCUCCUUAGAAUUAAACCUGGUGAGAGGGGUCAAGGAAAACAGGAAGAGCUUUUUCCAGUACAUGGCAGAUAAAACUGACACCGGAGGCAAUGUAGGCCCACUGAUGAACAAGGUGGGUGCCCUGGUGACAGAAGAUACAGAGAAGGCAGUGUUACUGCUUUUUACCAGUCCUUUCAUGUAAUGGAUGACUUUAUAGAAGCCUGCCUGCACUUUCUGGUUAGGUAGGGGAAACCAUGAGUUUUAUAGAACUCCAGACAAAGACUUUGACCUGAGGUAAGACUGAGCUCAACUCCAAGCUGGUGCUCCUGGAUUAAUUUGUGCAAAGGCUGGGGAUGGGGGGAGGGGCCCAAACCAAAUAAUGCUGUUGUGGGUCAUUUAGAUUUACAGUAUGAUUACUCUAGCAAAUGAGCAGCAGAGAUGACUUGUGUUUUGAAUUAAACGAGUGCUAGGGAGGUGUUAAGAAAGGGCAUGAAGGAUCUUUAAAACGCCUCAGCCUUGACAUGUUCUUGCCUGUGCAACCUGUGUUACCACCACUUUCUUUACAGCUGUAACGAUCAAGUGGCUGUCCUGUCUGGACCGUGAAAGAUUCACCCUUGAGCCUCUCCAUUUCUAGCAAGAUCAGAAAUACCCCGUGAGAACGUCCAUCUACUGAAACUACAGUUACUGAAAUGACUUGGGAUUUCCCUUAUGAAUUGGGAUUUUAUUAUGACCCUAGCUCAUUAUAACCAGUUUUUUCCUGCUGGGAACUCUUGUUUUAAGCCAUUGCUACAUUUCAACAAGCAUGCAAGAAGAGCUUCAUAACAUCUUCCUUGUUGAUCACAGUGGACAGAUAUACCCAGACUUGUAAUGGCAUUGUGAGGUGUAAUAGCCUUUCCGAAAAGUCGGCAGCAACAAUGAGCACUUUACACUUCCUAUCCUUUUAAAUAUCGAGUUCGGUCAAGAAUGAAUUUAAGAAUAAGGCGUUCUAAGAAGGACGGCUGCUGGGAAGCCUGAUUUCACUUCGUAUGUGUGAGAUGGAUCCUUUCUUCUGAGGAACACAGGUCUCUCUGCAGCGUUUCCCUCACUGGAAUGGCUCUGGAUUGAAUGAACAGACACGGAGCAAGACUGGACUGGACCCUGGCAGGAUCUCAGCCUCCAGGAGGAGCAACCUGGCUGUCCAACCUGCAAUGCUGGCACCUGGGGAGAUUUAACACCACCGCAGAUGGCUGCCUGCAGCCUGCCACUAGGACUGUGGCUCCUGCUGCUUCUCCAGGAUAUCCAGACAGCCCCUCAGACAUCACUAACCCCAUCUCAUUCCUGUGACACACUUGAAAAUUGGUUCUAUGAUGAAACUUCACAAAGCUGCUGCUACCAAUGUCCCACAGGCUCUGUUAAAAAGAAAGCAUGUCCUAGGAACCCAGACGAGGACUGCAUGAGAUGUGGACCUGAACAGUAUGUGAAAGAAAGUUUCCAUAAGCCACAAUGUGUGGCUUGUGUAUCAUGUGCAAAAGAACCUGACCUUGUGGAGACAAAGCCCUGCUCCUUCAACUCCAGCCGUGAGUGUGAGUGCCGCCCAGGCCUGUUCUGUCAAAGCUCUGUUAAGUACACCUGCUUGCGAUGCCAGCAGCACACUGUUUGCAAGCCUGGUUUUGGAGUAAAAGUCAGAGGCACCUCAUCAACUGAUGUUAUUUGUGAAAAGUGCCCUCCUGGGACCUUCUCCAAUCAAAACUCCAGCACCAACAUCUGCAAGCCGCACACGAACUGUGCCAAGUUAAACAAAGUAGCACUAAGCAAAGGAAAUGCCACCCACGAUCAAGUUUGCCUGGACCAAUUGCCCACCUACCUCACCCCAAGCACUUUGUCCAUGAAAUUCAGCAAUGAAAGAAAUAACUCUAACCUAAGGAGGUUUGAGGAGAACCUGGUGACUGUUGCUAGUAUUGUUUUAAGUGCCGCAACAAUGGAAAACCCCAGUUCAACUCCUGAGGAGAAAGUUCCAGCUGGCACUUUUCCUACCUCAGCCAAGGGGGAGACAGCAAUGGGAGGUCUAGUUCUCUGGGGAGUGGUUCUCUCUGUGAUAGUGCUACUUGUGGGCAUGCUGUUAUUUUGGAAGUGGAAAGUUUGCAAGAAGCAGAUCCUCAUCCUCAAAGGAAAGCCACAUCUGCAUUCCAUCGCUUCACACAAAUCCUGUCUCGGAUCUCAAGGUUCUGAUCUAGUGAACGAAUAUACAAUCAGACUGACUGCUGACAGAGAGCCAGAAGAGAAGGAGUUCAUUGACAGAACCCUCCCUUUGGAAAACAACAAUAACUUGUUCUCCAGCACAGAAAAAGCAUGUAGUCCUGAUCUGAGCCUGACUGACGUGACAGAGAGUGAUGGAAAUGCCCCAGAUCGCCCUGUCGAUUCUCGAGUGAGAGACCACACAAACAAUCAAAUCGAAAAAAUAUACAUCAUGAAUGCCGACACUGUUAUUGUGGGGUCCAUUUUAGGAGCGCCUAGUGGCAAGAACUGUGCUGCUAGAGGGUGUGAAAGUAACGUUGAUGCGCAGGAAAACAUGGAAGAGGAACUGGUGAUGCACUAUCCAGAGCAAGAAACAGAGUCGUUUCCAGGGAACGAUGUAAUGAUUCCUGUGGAAGAGGAGGGAAAGGAAUUUCAUCACCCCACCACUGCCACUGAAAAGUGAUCACCCACUGAGAUGAUGUGUGAAGCUACAGAAACAUACAGUGUGACACUAAACUCGAAUCUAUGGCAAGGGAGGUAAACACACACUGCCUUAGAUUAUCUGAAAACACAUGUUAAACACUGAAACAUAUUCAAACAAGGAGUGCCAGAAACCUAUUUCAGCUAAGAAAUGAAAGGAUCAUCCAAACUGUUGGCCUUCAUAGCUUGAUGUCAAAUAUUUCUCUUUCCUUCUUUCUCCCAUUGUCGUGAUGGAAACAAAUUUGAAUCAAAUCUACAAAAUUCAGAGGACAUCUGGAUGCCAACUAAAGUUUCACAGCUUGCAGGAAGGAAUUGAUUGAAAACUAUGUCUGAUUACUUCUAUUAGCUAUGAAAAUUCUGGCCAGAAUUCCAAGUUCAGCUUGAGACCCCCACAUUAUUUCAUAUGUUAUUUCUAUUCCAGUAUUACCAGUAUUUCCAAUUUUGUCAUAUAUUUUGCAACAUCUGUGUUUUUCUUAAGGCCACAACUCUUGAAUAAAUAUAGUAACAGUUUCAGUUUUCCCUAACACAAACAGAACUCUUAAGUUUGUGGACUUUGUGCUUCUUGAAGAAAUAGGAUCAAAAGAUGUCACAUAGGCUCAGAAAACGGCAAAUAAAACUAAUUGAAGCCCACUGUCCUUUAGGUCAUUCUAAUUUUGAAGUCUAAUUCCUGGGUUUUGACUACUUCAAAUCAUCACUAAGUGUAUAAAUUGGCCUCUUCUGAUGGAAUCUAAACUGGCUGAACAUUUGGAGUUGGAUGAAUGACGGGUUUAGCCCAGUGUGGAGUCUGUAAAAAGGGAAAAGAAGAAAAUAAACUAGUUUUCUACAAAAAGGAAGGACUGAAAAACAGGCACAGCAGUUAUUUCCUGUUAAUAUCUGCUUCUUUUAGAAUUGCUCAUAAUCAUCAGGGUGACACUGAUUCACAUAUCUGCUCUUUAACAAAGAUCUUUUUUGUGGUCAAAUGGCUUGUGUUAUGCUAUUUCUCAAUCUUUCAUGCUGCUUGUUUGAUAAUUGUAAAUGUAAUAGUGCUGACUAUGUUUUUGCACAGGACAAUGGAAAAUUAGCAAGGUGACACGUUUUGCCUUGAUAGUCAAAAAAAGGAACCACAAAAACAAUUACUUGCCUUGUAGUUCUACCCUGGACAGAGUGCUGUAAUAACAGCUGUGCAACUUCAGCGUCUUUUGUCUUAGAACACACAAAAGGAACAUAAGAGCAUAAAAAACACCUUCUUGGACCAGACUAGUAGCACGAGCUCAACAUUUUCUCUCUGACAGUUGCAGUACGAUGUUAUUUAGGAAGAGCACACAAGCCUGGUGAAGAUCUGCUGUUUGCAUUCCUCGUAAUUCUUCAGCAUCAGCUGCAAUUGGGUUAAGGAUGUUAAAGAAUUUGCCCCGGCCUUUAGUGUUCGUUCAUAUUGCCAUUAAUUUUUCUUCUGUCUUUUGCAUAUCCUGGUACAAUCUGCCUCCACAAGCAUGUGGCAACAGCUUACAGAUAGUUACCAUUCACUGUGUAAAGAGGCACGUUUAAAUUGUCCUCUUGACUCAUUUCAGUGAGUGCUGCUAGUUCUUGUAUUACAGUAUUUAGUGCAAUACUGAGUUGCUUUUAUCAUUUUUGCUGGUAUCCUCCUCAGCCUCCAAGCUGAGUUCCCAUCUUUUUAUAUUUGUCAUGUAAGUUAGAUGUUCCACUGCCUUGGUCAGUUUAUUGACCUCUUCUGCGUCUCUUCUAACUUCACUACAUUCUUCUGGACAUCUGGAGGCCAGAACUAUGCGCUGCACUGAAUACGAGGGGAGUUGUCAGUUCCAGUAUUUACUUCCUGAAUUCCACUCUUCUCUGCAAGUCCAGAACGUAAAAUAGUUUUUAAAAACAAUUGCUGCCACUGUGUACUUUUGUUUGUCUACCCAGUCUUGUAAAGAGAGGCAACUGGGGAAUCCUUUCUGGGUACUUGUGUAUUUGUACUUGUUUUAUUCAGAAGAUAAACUGCUCCUAGUGCCCAGAAAUGUCUUCUGGCUGUCAGUGUUGCCAUGUCAGCAGCAGCUACAUGAGCUGAAGAAGUGCUUGUGCAACAGAGGGUCAAGUUACCAAGUACUGACAUAAAACAGCAAUGCAAGGAAGAAGAAAAAACUGGUCACCCUUUCCUCCCAGUCAGGGUAAUUCAUUGUUUCCCAGUGCAUACACUUCAUUCUACAAAUAUACAGGAACUUGCAUUUCAUUUUAGAGAACGCCAAUUUGUGUAUCCACGAACUGUGAAUAACCAUGUUCGCCUGGCAGUGACUGUUAAAGGAUGUUCUGUAAUGACAGCUAAUCGUGUAUUUCAGCUCUGUAUAUAAAUUAACCUUUUCUAUUGGAAUGGCUUUCCAGAUGAGCCAUAUGCAUUGCAAUGUGUUAGAUGUAUUAUAUUUGAUUAGUUGCUGGAAAUCUUUGAAUUAAAAAUUACAUGGAUUUUAA